GGUACGCUUGCCGUAAGACCGACUCGGAAGUCCGCGCGAAGCCACAGCUUGCUUGAGUGCGCUCCUACUCUUCAUUCAUCCAUCUAUCUAUUGCCAGUACACCCGUACACACCCCUCAUUGGCUACACCUCUUUGAACUGAGACAAUUUUUAUCCGCCGUGGCGUAUGUCUACCACCGACUCUCAGUCUGCCGCGCCGCCUACCGCAGCCGCAGGCUCAUCUGCGGCGGCACAAGCAGCAGCAUUCGCGGAAGAUCCUCGAGUACACUUCGACCGUACAUCGGGUACAUGGCAUUUGGAGCAAGAUGACGGGACUGAGCUUGAGUACGAUGCGGCGAAGGGGGCAUGGGUGUCUGCGCUUGACGAAGACUUGGUUAAAGCACAACAGGCCGCAUAUUCGGUAGCGGGGGUGGAUGAGGAGACACCUGCCGCUCCCGUGCUGAAGCGCACCAAAAAACGCAAGGAACCCGAAGACUACACGUCUAGCACCGUCGGGUCUAGCACAGGCCCCGCCACCAAGCGAGGCAAGAAAGGAGAUGCGAACGGACAGGCGGAGCGCAAGUCGAAGAACACCGCCGUCUACGUCACAGGCCUUCCGCCCGACACCGACGCAGACGAGCUGCACGCGCGGUUCUCGAAGUUCGGACUCAUCGAGGAAGAUUACGAAGGCUCGUCGAAGAUCAAGCUCUACGCGCGCGACGACGGGACCUUCAGCGGAGACGCGCUCGUGGUGUACUUCAAGGAGGAAUCGGUCGACCUCGCCGUCAGUCUGCUGGAUGAUGACGAGCUGCGAAUCGGAGACCCGAACACACGGAUGAGGGUAAAGCGUGCGGAGUUCUUGCACAAACAUGAGGGCGAGGCGAAGGAUGGAGAGGCUAAGCCGCGGAAGACGAUGGCGGACAAGAAGAAGGCGACGAGGCGUAUUGGCAAGAUGCAAAAGAAACUCGGCGAAUGGGACGAUGAAGACGGGUUCGGGCCGUCAAUCACAGAAGAGGACAAGGCCCCGCUCGUCAACAAGAGCCGAGUUGUCGUCCUCAAGUAUAUGUUCACGCUGCAGGAGCUCCAGGAGGAUGCAUCACUGCUACUCGACCUCAAAGACGAUGUCCGAGAAGAGUGUUCAAGCCUUGGAGAAGUGACGAACGUGGUUUUGUAUGACAAAGAGCCAGAAGGGGUCAUGACGGUGAAGUUCCGCGACCCGCUCAGCGCACAAGCCUGCAUAAUCAAAAUGAACGGUCGGUUCUUCGCAGGACGGCGAAUCGAAGCGUCUUUGUACGCUGGUAAGCAGCGCUACAAGCGAAGCAUCGACGACCCACUCGAGGACGGUGGAGACGAGGGCGAGAAGAACCGAUUGGAUGACUUCGCGAAUUGGCUCAUGACUGAGGGAGAUUGACGGUUCGGCGGCGGAAGACCUCCCU